GUAGGACCACGGCCGGGAGAUGCUUCUCGCGACGUACUGCAUCCAAACGAUGACAAAUACGACUAGAUUACAAAUGUAUUGUUGUUACCACUGGUUCAUCGUCAUCUCCAACCAAAUGCCUUUUUUAUCCUUAUUUUUUUUUAUUUAAAAAAAAAAAAAAUGAGAACAGGACGCUAGGCAGCGUGAUAGCCACCCAUCCUUGGUUAUUCACGUCUUGCCCGUUUCAGCAGAGAAGAAGCAAAACAGAGUACUCCGAGAACACAGCAGCAACUCCUUCCUCAGAAAAUCACGGACGAAACAAAUACAAUGUCAUCUUCCAACCGCACCCACGCUGCCAUUGUCACAGUUGCACCCCGAGCGCCCCUACAAAUCCAGCAACGUCCAACACAAUCCCCUCGUGACAAUGAGAUCUUGAUCCGCAGCAACUUCACUGCCUCGACGCCGUUGGACCUGCACCGGGCGGACGGAGGACUCUUGGUCCAUGACGCUGAAUGCAUGGGCGCAACGACCGUCGGCAUCGUCUCCGAGGUGGGACCGGGGGUAUCUCGCUUCAAGCCCGGCGACAAGGUAUUCGGGUGGGCCUUUGAGGACCAGAAGCAGAGAGCGCACCAGGAGUUCGUCACAGCGCCGGACUACCUAUUCGCGCAUAUUCCCGAAGGGUUCUCCAUGGAGCAGGUGGCUACGGUGCCGGAAAACUUGAUCACGGCUUUCAACACCAUAGCCAUUGACCUCGGGCUGCCGACGCCUUGGCCUAAGCCCGAGGGCUAUGUCCCUCCAAGGGCUACGGAGCCGAUCCUGGUGUGGGGGGCCGCGUCGAGUGUUGGGCAGUUCACGCUCGAGGUGCUCAAGUUCUACGGAUAUAGGCACAUUCUGGCGACUGCUAGUCCUGGCCAUCAUGGGUACCUUCGGGAGCUCGGGGCCACAGAAUGCUUCGACUAUAGGGACCCAGAGGUCACUAGAUUAUUGUUGGAGGCAGGUCGGCGGAUCAGGGGGGACGCCAAGCCCACGAUUCCAAUGGUUGUUGACUGCAUCGGAUCCGUCUCGGGGACGCUCGAACACAUUUCUAAGAUCGCGGAAAAUGGAAGCACAAUUGCUGUCAUGCUUCCCGUUAUCUUGAAGACGCCAACGAAAACCCAUGCCCCUGAGUACUCGAUGGAGGUUCCUGGACACAAUAAGUGGGAGGACGGAGUCAACUUACGGGGUGUGCGGACUUUUUUCGUUUACAAGAACAGUGAAUUCUUCAGAGAGAAGCUCGCGUCGCAGAUCAUGCCCGAGGUAGUGGCACAAGGUAUAGUCCGACCACAAAGAUAUCGCGUAAUUGAAGGGAAGACCAUGUUGGAAAGGUGCGAGAAGGCACUUGAUGCAUUAAGGGAUGGUGUUAGUGGGGAAAAGUUGGUGUGGCGGACAAAUGACGAAUGAGAACAUGAAGACAGACACAGCUGAUAAGGGAGAGAUAUCAGCCCUGAGUUUGAAACAUGAGAAAUUUGAACGAAAAUGGGGUUUGGUUUGGUUCCAAAUCGAGAUGGAUGCAUUCGAACCCAACAGCUUCUGGUCUAAUGAGGAAGGUGGGGGUUUCUCACUUGGGGUGCAGUUGUGCGCUGGCUGGCUGGGUUAGUAGCAUCAAGGAACAUUUCCACCAGACUAGUCUACGAAGUAGAUAAAACCCCACAACACACAAUUGGGCGCAGGUGAUCUACAUGCAGAAGAAAGAAGGCCUAAUCAUGAUCACGCAACUUUCACUCCACCGCGUUUGCUCCCGGUUGGUUGCUGUAAUUAUGAUUCCAAGCCAACCCGAAAAGAAAAGUCAGCCAGACAGCAAUACGUAGAUAGUUU